CAUCAGCAUGCGACAACUGUGCGGUAGAAUACCUUUGUAAGCUACUGCCACUUCUUCAGAAACAGACGGUACCUGGUGUUUUGUCAGAUUUUGAUCCCCGAUGACGGCGUCUACUCGCAGUAAAGUGUUGUCUCUGUACAUGCGUGUGUUUCGCAUCGCCCGGACCUGGCAGGCACUCAGUGGUGUUAAAAGUGAGACGGAGACUGAGAGAAAGUACAUUGUGCAAGAAGCCCGCACUCUGUUCAGACACAACCAACAGCUCACAGACCAAGAAUCAAUAAAGAAGUGUUUAGAAGAAUGCGAAGCAAGGAUAGAAAUAGGUCUACAUUACAGAAAUCCAUAUCCAAGAGCUACCUACCUACCACCACUGGGACUUGCGACGCAGAAGGGCAGGAAGCUGCGAGCACAGCAGCGCCUCAGGAAGCAGGCCAAGCCAAUUUACUUACAGUCACAUGAUGAGACCUGAUGACUGAUAUCCCAGAUACUCAUCCAGAGUUCAGGUUACCAAGGACAGGAGAGUGGAGUUCAAUCAGCGGGUGAUAUUGGAGGCUGAGUUUCUGCAAACACUCACUGCUGCAAAAACAGUCAUUAUUAAGGAUAAAAGCCACUUUCAUUCUAAGUUUUUACUGUAAACAUGUACUAUAAGUGUUCAUGAAGAGUGUCGUAAUGUGUUCAGCUCAGGAACAUUGCCACUGUGGAAUGACUGAUUUUCAGUUUUAUUUACCAAGGUGUCUAAAACUAGUCUCUGUUUGAGUAAUAAAGUGUCUUUAUGUGAAAAGUUAAUAAACUGAUCCA